AUGCCAGGGCUGACCUUGAACUCGCUGAACACGCCGUCGCCCAAGAAGCUCUUCACCUGCCAACUGUGUGGCAAGGUGCUGUGCAGUAAAGCAUCACUAAAGCGCCACGUUGCCGACAAGCAUGCUGAACGACAAGAGGAGUACCGAUGUGUCAUCUGCGAGCGAGUAUACUGCUCGCGUACGGGCAAUGGGAUGCAUCCAACGUCGACGCUUCCCACAAAUAUAUACCGUAUGCCGCCGCCAACAGCGGGAGGUAUAAAUGAGCCACAGGAAUGCCCCUACUGCCGCCGUACCUUUUCCUGCUAUUACUCGUUAAAACGUCACUUUCAGGAUAAACACGAACAAUCAGAUACUUUGUACGUGUGUGAGUUUUGUAACCGUCGUUAUCGAACUAAAAAUUCAUUGACGACGCACAAAAGUCUUCAGCACCGUGGCUCAAGCGGGAUGUUGAAGAGGCUGCUGAAGACAUCCGCCAUGAAGAGUGUCUUGGCAGCGCAGCAUCACCCACCGAUCCAGCAACAAUUGCCCCAAUGA